ACUUUGCUGUGUGGGUUCUUCAAGGCUAGGGAAGCGUUUCUGAGCCAUUGACUAUUUGAAGUCUCCAGUUGUUCAGAGCUGUCCGGAUGGGUGGAUACCUGAGCCGGGCUCGCCCUCCGCCUCGCCCUCCGCCUCGCCCUCCGCCUCACCCUCUGCCUCGCCCUCCUCCUUGCCCUCUGCCUCGCCCUCCUCCUUGCCCUCUGCUUUGCCCUCCGCCUCGCCCUCAGCCUCGCCCUCCGCCUCGCCCUCCUCCGCCUCGCCCUCCACCCCUGACCGUGUCCACUAGGAACCUGCAGAAGAGGCCCUCACCACCGGCCCACCGUGUUUCCCGGUCUCUCCGGGCUAAUUCAACAAAUGGGAGUCUGAACUCGGCUGAUAGUCGGCCUUUUGAAGAUGAUGCAGCUUUAGCCCAUCCUCAGCACCCUGAGCGCGUUGUGGUCGUUCACACGCAGCAAUAUCCUGUGGAGGAGUUUUCCUCUACAUUUUUAGGUAGCCAGCACAAGUCAGUGCUGUCUAGAUCCAGGAUGUCCCGAAGCUCGGUGAUCCUGAAUGUGUUUUCUAAUAUGGCCAGAGUCACACUCCGUUUUGUUCUGGGACAGCUGGUCCCGAUUAUAUGGUCUUUUCUUACUGGCCAAUUUGUGAGUCAAUCUAGGAAGGAGACACAGAUUAGUGCUCUCCAGGAGAGCAGUCAAGUUCAAAUCAAGGAAAAGAACGAUGUCACCACCGUGGGAGAAGGUGGAGAAGGAUUUGCCAAUCAGGAGGAAGGCUCCCCGGUCACAGAGACACCUAAUGAUCAGGGAAAGGACUCUGAUCUCAGUGUGAGUGCCUCGUCGGCUUUUACACAUUUGUUUAUAAAUGGUGUACUCUCUUCGUUUAUACCCAAGCCAGGUCCUCUGGGUAAACUUAUCCUUUUCAAGAACUCAGCAAAGAGCUGGAUUAAGGAAAACCAGAUUGCCUUCAAGAGCUCAUACAAACGAAAUGCCAUCGCCAGCUCUUACAGUUCCUCUCUAGCACAGUGGCCACCAGAGAGAAUUUGUGUGGAUGCAACCGGAAGGGCUGCACCUGGUGCUCCUUCAGGAGCCCAAGGUGUUUUCAAAGACUCUGCUGCAGGUGCUACACCAGGUGCUGUCUCAGGUGCUGCUCCAGGUGCUGCCACAGGUGAUGCUGCACGUGCUGCCCCAGGUGAUGCUUCAGGGGCUGCCAUGGGGGGUAUGGGGUGUGCUACCACAGGUGCUGCCCCAGGAGCUGCUUCUAGUAUUGCUGCAGGUGUUGCCCCAGGUGCUGCUGCACCUGAUACCAGAGGUGCUGUCCCAGGAGCUGCUCCAGGCACUGCUGCAGGUGUUGCUCCAGCCGCUGCUUCUGGUGCUGCUGCACGUGCUGCCACAUGUGACGCUUCAGGGGCUGCCACAGGGGGUGAUGCCCCAGGAGCUACUUCUAGUAAUCCUGCAGGUGUCCCAGGUGCUGCUGCGCAUGAUACCCGAGGUGCUGUCCCACGUGCUGCUCCAGGCACUGCUGCAGAUGCUGCCACAGGUGAUACUUCAGGGGCUGCCACAGAGGGUGCUGCCCCAGGAGCUGCUUCUAGUAAUGCUGCAGGUGUUGCUCCAGGUGCUGCUGCACGUGAUACCCGAGGUGCUGUUCCCGAUGCUGCUGCUUCAGGCAUUGCUGCAGGCAUUACUCAAGGUGCCGCUUUUGGUGUUGCUGCACUUGCCCCCCCAGGUGCUGCCCCAGGCGCUGCUGCAGCUGUUACAUUAGUUGCUGCUGCAAGUGCAGCUCCAGGUGCUGUUACCUCAGGGGCUGCUGCGUGGGCUGACCCAGGUGAUGCUUCAGGACCUGCUGCAGGUACCGAUGCACAUGCUCCUCGAGCUGUUUUAAGAGGCACUGCAGCACAUAUUACCCGAGGUUCUUUGAGAACUGCUGCUGCAUGUGCUAUCGGAGGUGCUUUGAAAGAAACGACUGCACAUGCCACCCAAGAUCCUCUGAGAGCCACUAUUGCACAUGCUACCCGAGGUGCUUCAAGAGGUGCUGCUGCAUGUGCCAUCGGAAGGGUUUUAAGUGGUGCUGCAGCACCUGCUACCCAAGGUGCUUCCAGGGGUGCUGCUGCACCUGCUACGGAAGAUGCUCUGAAAGGUGUUGGUGCAUGUGCUAUUCGAGAUGCUGCCAAAGGUGCUCCUGCAUAUGCCGUGCCACAAUCAGGUUGGGCUUUAUCCCAGUUGCAGGUGCUUCCCAAGAAACGCAAGAAAAAAAGCUAUAAACUUAGAUCUUCAGGUAGUCCGGAAAGAAAGAAAAAGAGACCCAGUGAAGCAGAGCACAAAUGGGUGUCAUACAGUGUCACAAAUGCUCCUCAAGUUCAGCAAGGAUACCCAUGGAAUGGCUUCCCCAAACCUGAUAUUCCAAGGCCUCUGAGACGUGCCAAGGCCUGGGGUCACUAAAUGACCUGUGCAUAGCCACAUGUCACUGAGCACUUAACACUGAUCUUCAAUUCUGAGCAUCCAGUUUUUUAUACUCUAUAAAUUUAGUAUAAUAUCACAUUCUAUGUUAGCGUCAUUUUGACACUUAAAUAAAAUUGUUAUCCAGUA